GUCAAUUUGUGUGAAGUGCGAGUCAGUGUCACUUUACAAGUAAAAGGGGCAUGAAAUAAUUUCGUAUUGAGUAUUCAGGGAAAGUAAGAAAUGCAGGAAGAAGAUAGAAGCGAGCAGAUGAGACCACUGCUAACAACGGGUCACGAUGAAGAGGCUGUGGUGGAUCUUGGUAAAACCAGCUCUACUAUCAGCACAAACUUUGAAAAAGAAGAACUAGAAAGCCACAGGGCGGUGUAUAUCGGGGUCCACGUCCCCCUGGGCAAGGAGAGCCGGCGGAGACACAGGCACAGGGGCCACCGCCACCACAGGAAGAGGAGAGACCGGGAUUCCGACCGGGAGGACGGCAGGGAUUCGCCCACGUAUGACACCCCAUCCCAGCGUGUGCAGUUUAUCUUGGGCACUGAGGACGAUGAUGAAGAGCACAUUUCUCAUGACCUCUUCACAGAGAUGGACGAGCUGUCCUUCAGAGAGGGUCACGAAUAUGAGUGGAAGGAGACUGCAAGAUGGCUGAAAUUUGAAGAAGAUGUGGAAGACGGCGGUGAGAGGUGGAGCAAGCCCUAUGUAGCCACCCUCUCUCUGCACAGCCUCUUCGAGUUGAGGAGCUGCAUAUUAAAAGGAACCGUCAUGCUGGACAUGAGAGCCAACUCUAUAGAGGAGAUUGCAGAUAUGGUUAUAGACAACAUGAUCGUGUCUGAGCAGCUGGAUGAGUCUGUGCGAGAGAAGGUGCGGGGGGCCUUGCUGAAGCGGCACCACCACCAGAACGAGAAGAAGCUGAGUAACCGCAUCCCCCUGGUGCGCUCCUUCGCUGACAUAGGCAAGAAACAAUCUGAUCCUCACUUGCUUGAGAGAAAUGGGGAAGGCCUGUCAGCUUCCAGUCUUUCUCUCAUUUGGACGGGUCUCUCGUCAUCCACCCCUUCUCAAAGAAGAGAAUCGCACAUUUCCUUACUCUUAAAUUACCUCUUGCCGGGCUCCAGAGCUGGAACCCCCACAGGUUCAAGGUCUGCCACCCCCCAGGCCUCCCCUAAGAACACGCCACCCUCCACCCCGACCCUGGAGAACCACCACCCCCUCAAUGUCUUCCAUGAGCCAGAGGUGACCCGUGUCAUUCCCAUAGUGGUGGUGUACCCACCUGAGGAGGACCUGCUGCCAGCGGAGGGGCAGGGACAGGAGGAUCAUCAUCUUGAACAACCCCAACCAGGCAAAUGCCUUGUUUUACAUAACUUGCAAGGACACUUGGCAUCCCCACAGUCUGCUCCAGGAAACCUAGAAACUGCCAAAGGAAGUGAAAGCAAAGGUAGCAUGGCAGGAGGCAGCAGGGAGAACAGCACUGUUGACUUCAGCAAGGUUGAUAUGAACUUCAUGAAGAAAAUCCCCCCUGGUGCUGAAGCCUCUAAUAUUCUGGUGGGAGAGGUGGACUUUCUGGAGAGGCCUAUUAUUGCCUUCAUCCGACUCGCACCUGCUGUCCUCCUGACUGGCCUUACGGAGGUGCCUGUCCCCACCAGGUUUUUGUUUUUGUUAUUGGGUCCAUCUGGCAAAGGACCACAAUACCAUGAAAUUGGUAGAUCAAUUGCUACACUCAUGACAGAUGAGAUUUUCCAUGAUGUUGCUUACAAAGCAAAAGACAGAAACGAUCUUUUGUCUGGAAUCGAUGAGUUUUUAGACCAGGUAACAGUUUUGCCGCCGGGAGAGUGGGAUCCUACGAUACGAAUUGAACCACCAAAGAGUGUUCCUUCACAACAAAAAAGAAAAAUACCUGCUCUUCCAAAUGGCUCCUUCCCAGCUAGUGAAUCACUGAAGGAAGAGGAUCACCAUGCUGGACCAGAGCUCCAGAGGACAGGAAGGCUGUUUGGUGGUUUGGUGCUUGAUAUAAAGCGGAAAAAACCCUUUUUCUUGAGUGACAUCAAGGACUCAUUGAACCUGCAGUGCCUGGCCUCCAUCCUCUUCCUCUACUGUGCCUGUAUGUCUCCUGUUAUCACUUUCGGGGGACUGCUGGGAGAAGCUACAAAAGGCAACAUAAGUGCGAUAGAAUCUCUCUUUGGAGCCUCGUUGACAGGGAUUUCCUAUUCGUUAUUCGCUGGACAGCCCCUAACGAUAUUGGGAAGCACGGGACCAGUUCUGGUGUUCGAGAAAAUUUUAUUUCAGUUUUGCGUGGAUUAUGAACUUUCGUAUCUGUCUCUGCGCACCAGCAUCGGCCUGUGGACGGCAUUCCUCUGCAUUGUGCUGGUCGCCACAGAUGCCAGUAGCCUAGUCUGCUACAUCACCAGAUUUACCGAAGAAGCCUUUGCUGCUCUUAUUUGUAUUAUAUUUAUUUAUGAAGCACUAGAGAAACUAUUUCACUUAGGAGAGCUGUAUCCAGUCAACAUGCACAAUGACUUGGAUAACCUUACAUUUUACACAUGUCAGUGUUCUAAACCUGCAAAUCUAAGCUCUGAAACUCUACAACAUUUGCAAAAUUCAAGCAUGACACCGGAAUCAAUUCAAUGGGAAGAUCUUGAUGUUACAAUGUGCAAGGCGCUCCAUGGGGAGUUUGUCGGACUGGCCUGCGAAGACCAACACCACGGCCCAUAUAUUCCUGAUGUCCUCUUCUGGUCGAUCAUCUUGUUCUUCACUACCCUCUUCCUUUCCUCCUUCCUCAAACAGUUCAAAACGAUGCGCUAUUUCCCAACCAAGGUGAGAUCGACCAUCAGUGACUUUGCUGUGUUUCUUACCAUAUUGAUUAUGGUAGUAGUGGACUACCUGAUUGGAAUUCCUUCUCCAAAGCUUAAUGUUCCUGAUAGGUUUGAGCCCACAUCAAAGAACAGGGGCUGGCUGAUUGAUCCUCUGGGGCCGAAUCCCUGGUGGACAUUGCUAGCUGCUGCCAUCCCUGCUCUGCUCUGCACUAUCCUCAUCUUCAUGGAUCAACAGAUCACUGGUGUUAUUAUUAACAGGAAGGAGCACAAGCUAAAGAAAGGCUGUGGGUACCAUCUGGACCUGCUGUUGGUUGCUGUGAUGUUGGGGAUCUGCUCCAUCAUGGGACUGCCCUGGUUUGUGGCGGCCACUGUCCUCUCCAUCAGUCACGUCAACAGUCUGAAGGUGGAGUCGGAAUGCUCUGCCCCAGGGGAGCAGCCCAAGUUCCUUGGAAUCCGAGAGCAGCGAAUUACGGGCCUCAUGAUAUUUGUCCUUAUGGGACUGUCUGUUUUUAUGACUUCUGUUUUGAAGUUUAUUCCUAUGCCAGUAUUGUAUGGUGUCUUUCUCUACAUGGGAGCUUCUUCACUGAAGGGCAUCCAGUUUUUCGAUCGCAUAAAGCUGUUUGGCAUGCCAGCAAAGCACCAGCCUGACCUGAUUUACUUGAGAUACGUUCCGCUGUGGAAGGUGCAUGUCUUCACAAUCAUUCAGCUCACCUGCCUUGUUCUGCUGUGGGUCAUCAAAGUCUCCUCUGCUGCUGUUGUCUUUCCUAUGAUGGUCCUUGCUCUGGUGUUUAUCCGGAAACUCCUGGAUUUCUUCUUUACCAACCGAGAGCUGAGCUGGCUUGAUGACCUCAUGCCAGAGAGCAAGAAGAAGAAGGAGGAUGACAAGAAGAAAAAAGAGAAGGAGAAAAUGAAGAAUGGACCUAGAGUACCAGGGGAAGCUGAACAACUGCUUACUGUUGAUGAAACAAUGCAGAUCCCUUUUGAGGGAGGAAACCUUCUAAAGAUUCCUGUUACAAGCCUCAAAUGCAGCUCUGAUCCUUCAGUUGUAAACAUAUCUGAUGAAAUGGCCAAAACUGCUGUGUGGAAGGCUGUUGCCAUGCCUGCUGACAAUGCCAAAGCAAUGAAACCUAGCUCAAGCAGCCCUGAGGAGAUGCCAUGUAUUAAAAUCAACAUUGAAGCUGCACAGGGAGAGAGUCACGCUGAUUCCGAAACAUCCCUUUAGGACUCUGAGGCAUGAAACAUUGGUUUGAAAGCCACUACUUAAACAGCAUCCUGGCCUCAAUUCCAAGUACAAAGGACCUGAAUAUGAGAAUAUAGAGAAUUCAAGCCAUUAGCGUCACUUAAAAAAAACAUUUUAUAAAGACAUCCUCCAGACCUGAUUUUGCAAAUUAACUUCAUCCUAGCUAUUCAAUUGGCUAUUUCUGUACAAGAAAGCAAAACAAUAGAUGUAUUGUUAAAUUGGUACAAUUUAGAGGCGGUCAGAAUCUAAGUGGAUUUCUUUUCUAAGUAUUUCUGUAAAAUAAAAAAAAUAAACAAGUGUGUUUUUCUUUUAAACCAGAUGCAUCAUCUGGUAAUUUACCCCUUCAAACUUUUUGAAGCCUCCAGUAUUCUUUCAGUGCAUUACACUGCACUGUGAUAGUUUUUACCAAUUUAGCAAAUCUCAAAGAUUGAAGCCCACUUUGAUUACAAACGCCUCAUUUUGAAAAGGAUGCAUUUUGUUUUGCUUUUUUUUAUUUUAUUUUUUUUUAUAUAAAGAGAAUACAUCUUGCAAUUUUUUUGUGAAACCAACAUUUCUUGCAAUAGGUUUUGAGGUUACAUUGCCUGGUAAGGUGCAACAUCAAGACUAUAUAUUUUGCUUGUUUUUCAAGGCAGCCUAGAAGAUGUUUUCUUGUGAACAAGUGAUUAUAAACAUUCAGCUUUUACGUGUAUUAGUGCAACUACAUUACAGGUCAUUUUGUAAUACCAAAGUGGUCUUUUCAGUAAACAAAAAUAAACAAAGACAAACCAAAACAUUUUUUUUAAAUAGUUUCUACAUUUACACCAAGCAAGAGGUUAUUUAAUGUAGUACUAGCAAUUUGCCACGUACUCUUAUUUAUUUAUUUAUUUAUUGUUUAAAUCAACUGGUUUCUGGUAAAUACAUAUAGCUUUUUUGUAUUCUCAUUUUAGAAUAACCCCCCUUCCUUUAUAAUAUUAUGAUACAUAAGAAAUUGCACCCACUAAAAGUGUGAGUGCCAAUAAUGCAGACUCCCAUUUAUCAUAUAAGCUUCUGCCAACUCAACACCUGCUUAUCCUCUACCAAAAUCAUUGUAAUUGAAACAGGGAGAUGCAGCUUAUAUCCACCGUCAUAUCUACUUGAAAGCAACCCCUCUGACUUUCAUAUACAACCUCCCAAAAAUGCAUUCUGAGAUAAUAGUAAAAAAAAACAAAAAAAAACGUUAGGAGUGUACACAACAGUUUGACAAGUGGUUUCAUCGCAGUUUUGACCUGUAAUAUACUGCAGCUAAAUGGAUGCUGGUGUUACACCUUUACCAUGCUGUUCUCUACCUUUUUAGUUUCUAUUCUUUUUAAUUAGGUUACAAUAGCCAUAUAAAGUGUCAUUAUUUUGAGCAGAGCAGUUUUACAUUGCUAAUAUUUACAUAACCUUUGCAUUUAAAUGGUAUACAUUUAAAUGUGAGUCACUGUAAUUGAGUGUUUUGUAUUGUUUUUUUUUGUUUGUUUGUUUAUGUGUCUUAUUUAUUUUAAAUAGUUGAUGAUUUUAUGGUUAUGCUAUUCUGAAAAAUUAAAAAAAAUAAACAUUACUGCAUCAUUUAUACAUUUAAUUUGAUUAUAUUUCUAGUACUUUUAUCCCUGCACUUUUAGAUAUGUUUACCAUGAUUUGAUUGAGAUAGAUAUAUGUGACUAUUUUUAUUAUAUGGAUCUUUAGAAUCGUCUCAGGAAAGUUCCAUUCUACACAGUAGAGUGACACAGUGUACCCAGAAUUGUAAUACUUGCAUGGUCCAGCAAUGUUUUUUUUCACAUGUACUUAAACCAUUGAUAUUCAUAACAUUAAAUACUCUUUUGUAUCAGUUCUAACUAAUGCUAAUUUCAAGGAUGUUGCCAAAACUAUGCAUGAAUACAGAGAGAGUGAUGUUCACCAGUACAAUAUCCUCCUUUUUUAAAAAAAAAAAAAAACCUGUCAGCUUCUUUCAGACCCUCGGAACUGCUAUGGAUGGAUAUAAUGUAAUUAUGCAUUGUCAAAUUGUUUAUACAAUGAUAAUACUAAAUAAAUAUAUAUGGGUUAUUGACUGUGAGAAAAAAUGUUUCCUGACACCAAUCCGACACUAGUUCUGGUCGUAUGUGUUGUUUUAUUCAGUCCAUGCUCUGCUAUACCACGUUUCCAUGAACCACAGAACUCGGGUACAUGCUCGAGUUGCCUCUCCCCCACCACCUCCGUUUUCAUGUUUUUAAAUUACUUGAGUUGGCACCCAAUUCGGGCAGGAGUCCAGAUAAUCUGGUCCGAUUUCACUCCUCAAGGCUGGCCUGAAUUCUAAAGUCUAAAUUCGGGCUGGAAGGAAGUUUCAUCACUAAAUAUCAAUCAAAAUGUUGUAGGGGGCGGGAACAUAUUGUAUAACGGGAGAAUUUGGCUGCUAUUGAAUUCGGCAGAUUUGCUACCUUGGGGGAUUUUGACAUUUUUUGAACUGAGGUUUUUCACUUUGCACGUUAACAAGGAAAAAUGCAACGCAGUUUUGCAUUUAUUUCCAAAAACAUUCAAAUACAUGUCUGACACAUUCUUUCCCUUGUCCAGCCAGAGGCCGGGAUCGCUACGAGCACUGUAUGCAACCGUCUGAUUGGUGGAAGUAUUAUUGGCGAUCCAAUCAAAACCGCCAAUAAAGCCAAAAUAAACUCUCCAUCAAAAUUUCCCGUUAUACAGUAAUUAUAUACCCGGGUUCGUGAACGCCAAAAACUUGUAAGGUGAGAGAGCCAUUUUUACUGAAUAAGAGUUUGAAAACAGUAAUACAAGUAUAAUGCUUUUCUUUGUCAGAUGCAAUAAUCUAUAUCUGUCUAGAUAUAAAUGAUUAUGUAGUGAUAUAGCGCAAUGUAUGUAUAUGUACUGUGUGAAACAAAUGCGAAAGAAUACAUGGAUUUAUCUUUUAAAUCCUUGGCAAUUUGACUAUAAUAAUGUCUUCAGCGAAUUCACGUCAUGACCUUUAACUCGGAAGUAUUUCUGGGGGAAAUCGGUAGUAUUUCCUGCCCAAUUCAUGUGAUAACUCAGGUAACUCUUAAAAACAUGGAAACGCCACCUUUUUUACCAACUCAAGUUGCCCAUCAACUCGAGUUCUGGGAGAAUUCGGGCCAAUUUGAAUGCACUCGAGUUGGUUGUCCAUGGAAAAGAGGUAUUAGAAAAUGAAAAUAUUUUGCCAUUCUUAAUAAAAAUUUGGUUAAACAUGAUUUUAAAUAUUGUGAAUAUUUUUUUUUGUUUGUUUAGGUGUGUUUUUUGGAGCAGUCAUGUUAAGAAAUAUUAAAAUAAUUAUUAUUUAAAGAAAAUUUCUGGCUAUUUCAAAAAAUACUUAUUUGGUGCACCUUUGAGCUUAGUGUCUGCACAGUCAAUAGUUGUGCACAUGUCUUCCCUCAGUUAGAAUCUCCAAUCACAGAACAAAGAGUUUAAUAGCUGAUUUAAGAGUAGUAGCAGUUUUGCUUAUUUUCUGUAAUGUAGAAGCGAGAUAACAUUCAGAUGUUUAGAAACUGUUCUAGCCUAUGUUUUUGUAAUGUAAAUGAAAUCCUUUAAUGAAUACAAUAAAAUUGAUUAAAUUA